CAGCACUCCCGCCUAAUCGCUUAGCACAAAUCACAGACACACACAGCGCGCACCUCCUCGAAUUAAUCAAGCUAAAGCAAAGCAAUGGCAGCUGAGCACGCCCCGACGAUGGCAGUCCCGAGCGACGCGCAGCUGGUCCAGGCGCAGGCGGACCUGUGGAAGCAUAGCCUCUGCUACAUGACGCCCAUGGCCCUCCGCUGCGCCGUCCAGCUCGGCGUCCCGACCGCCAUCUACAGUCUCGGCGGCACGGCCUCACUGGCCGACAUCAUGGCCGCGCUCUCCCUGCCCCAAUCCAAGGCGGCAUUCCUCGCCCGCCUCCUACGCCUGCUAGUCACGGCAGGCGUCCUGGGAUCCACAAAGCCCGGGAUCUACCACCUGGUGCCAGUCUCGUACCUCCUAGUGGAAGGCAUCAGCAUCGACGGGGAAGCGAGCCAGAGGGCCAUAGUCCUGGCGGCCACCUCCAGGCACUACCUGGAGGCGGCGCUGGGGCUGGCCGACUGGUUCAAGAAGGACGUGCCGCUGCCCGAGGUGCCGGCGCCCUUCGAGGACGUGCACGGCGCCAAGCUCUUCGAGGAGAGCAUGGCGGACCUCGACCCGGAGUCUGACAAGGUGUUCCAUGAGGCCCUGGCUGCCCAUGAUCACAUGGGGAUCAGCCUGAUCCUCCGCGAAGGCCGGGCACUCUUCAAGGGGCUGCAGUCGCUCACUGACUGCUGUGGUGGGGACGGGACGACGGCCAGGGCCAUUGUGAAGGCCUACCCGCAUCUCAAGGUCCAUGUUCUGGAUCUCCCCAAGGUGAUCGAGAGAGCCCCGCCCAGUGAUGGUUCUGUAAACUACGUCGCUGGUGACCUGUUCCAUUCGAUCCCACCUGCUCAAGCCGUGAUGCUCAAGCUUGUUCUGCACUUCUGGAGCGACGAGGACUGCAUCAAGAUCCUCGCUCAAUGCAAGAAGGCCAUUCCUUCCCGUAAGGAAGGAGGAAAGGUUAUCAUCAUAGACAUAGUGGUUGACCCUUCGAGCCCAAUGCUGGAGACGCAGCUUAUCAUGGACGUGCUCAUGAUGGUGUGCACCAGAGGCCGGCAACGGGACGAAAAUGACUGGAGCACCAUCUUUGCCAAAGCAGGGUUUAGCGACUAUAAGAUUUUCAAGAAGCUGGGAGCUCGGGGUAUCAUCGAGGUCUAUCCGUAAGGUUGUGCUGCAAAUAUAUGAACGCCGGCCCUUAUGGUGUGGGUUUGGUAACGUUUUAAUAUGGUGUGCUAUAAAUAAAUAAGGGCAUGCUGUGUAAUGGAAAAUGCAAUGGAUCAUAAAGUACCUGAAGUGCUAGGCUUGGUCACUUCAGAACCACUGCAUGUAAACUUUAGUUUCGGCAAGUGUUGGACACUCGGUUUUAUCUAUAUAUGUGGCGUGUACGUUUUUAUGUAUGCUAGCUAAGCUCCACCUGUCCAACAAGUUGCGAUGUUAAGCUUUAA